GAAGUGAGCAGCGCCUUCCGGCCGUGCGGCGCGUUUCCUUGCAGUGCGUGUUCUGUCUCGCCCGCGUUCUUUUGCCACGCGCUCGCUCUUUCCCGGGGAGCAGCAGCUGGGCUUAUCCCGCCGCAGCGAUGCUGGUUUUAUUUGAGACAGCGGCCGGAUACGCCAUUUUCAAGGUUCUAAAUGAGAAAAAGCUUCAAGAAAUUGAUAACUUAUGGAAAGAGUUUGAAACACCUGAAAAAGCUAAUAAAAUUGUAAAACUGAAACAUUUCGAGAAGUUUCAAGACACAACAGAAGCUCUUGCAGCAUCCACAGCAUUGGUAGAAGGCAAAAUCAGCAAAAAUUUAAAGAAAAUCUUAAAGAAAAUAGUAGCCAAAGAUGCCCAUGAACAGCUAGCUGUAGCAGAUGCCAAACUGGGAGGUGUAAUCAAGGAGAAACUAAAUUUAAGUUGCAUCCAUAGUCCAAUGGUUACUGAGCUGAUGAGGGGCAUUCGCACUCAAAUAGAAGGACUUAUCAGUGGCCUUCCAUCCCGGGAGAUGGCAGCUAUGUGUUUAGGAUUGGCACACAGCCUCUCAAGAUAUAAAUUGAAGUUCAGCCCAGACAAAGUUGAUACAAUGAUUAUCCAAGCAAUAUCUCUUCUUGAUGACUUGGACAAAGAAUUGAAUAACUACAUUAUGCGUUGUAGAGAAUGGUAUGGGUGGCAUUUUCCUGAACUGGGCAAAAUUAUCACAGAUAAUCUAGCAUACUGUAAAUGCGUACAAAAAAUUGGAGACAGAAUAAACGUUUCCUCUUCUGAUCUGUCUGAGAUCCUGCCGGAGGAGGUGGAAGAAGAAGUGAAAGCAGCUGCAGAGAUCUCCAUGGGGACUGAAGUGUCAGAAGAAGAUAUAAGCAAUAUACAGCAUCUUUGUGAUCAGGUGAUUGAGAUCUCGGAGUAUCGAGCAACGCUAUAUGACUAUCUGAAAAACAGAAUGAUGGCCAUUGCACCUAACCUCACUGUUAUGGUGGGAGAACUAGUAGGAGCAAGGCUUAUUGCCCAUGCUGGUUCCCUGCUGAAUCUAGCGAAGCACCCGGCAUCAACAGUUCAGAUUCUGGGAGCUGAGAAAGCACUUUUUAGAGCACUGAAGACUAAGCGUGACACCCCAAAGUUUGGUCUGAUUUAUCAUGCUUCCCUUGUAGGGCAAACAACAGCUAAAAAUAAAGGAAAGAUUUCACGUAUGCUAGCUGCCAAAACGGCUUUGACCAUUCGUUAUGAUGCCCUUGGAGAGAACACAAGUGCUGAGAUGGGAGUUGAGAACAGAUUGAAAGUAGAAACAAGAUUACGGCACCUGGAGGAGAAAGGAAUAAGACGAAUAAGUGGUACUGGGAAAGCCGUGGCCCGUGCAGACAAAUACCAGCACAAGAGUGAAGUGAAGGUUUAUGAUCCUUCUGGGGAAUCCACGCUCCCGCUGGUCCCAAAGAAGCGCAAGGAACCGGAAGCGAAUGAAGAACAGGCAGUUCCACCAAAGGCAAAGAAGGCUAAAAUAGAAAUCAAAGACGAACAGGAUGAGGAUGAGCAAGUCGAACAAGAGGAGGAACAUGUUAAAGAGAAGAAAAAGAAAAAGAAAAAACAGAAAACUCAAGAAACGUCUGUUUGGGUAGAAGAGCCAUCGACCAGUAUGGUGGUAGAGAAUACAGAAAAGAAGAAAAAGAAAAAGAAGAAAAUUAAAGAAGAGCCAGACGAUUAAGAACAGAGAGUUUUUUUGAAUGGUUUGCCUCAUGUUUGGACUUCAAGAACAUUAAUUUUUAAACUAGAUUUUUGUCUGAUCAUUAAGAUCAAGAAAUUCUGUUUAUUUUCCUUGGAAUAGGUUUUUUUUUCAAUAUUUUGUUUUUGAAACUGAUCUUAGUUUUAACAUUGCCCUGUUAAAUGGUUAUAGUUUUAUUUCAAUAAUACUAUAAACUGUUUUGAAAUUACUUAUCAAAAAAGUAGUAUGAUUGCUUGAAAUGAGUAACAGUGAGUCUCCCCUCUCCAAAGAAAACUCUAAUUGGAUUAAUUGAAUUGCUAUCAAUUUAAUUUUAUGAAGAGAAUUUUCAAAUAUCUUUUCUUGCAGCAACAUUUAGCAGAUAUGAUGCAAUGUUGUUCCAUUACAGAACAUGCUGAAAUAAUGUAUACAGAAUAGUUUUGUUGAAUGGAUACAAAUAAUCUCUGGCCUUUGAAAUUUUUAACAGAAAUUGAACUAUGCCCAUUGAUAUAGAGAAACAACUAACUUUUUUUAAAAAAAGAAACUUGCAGUCAGCACUAUUCACUUAAAUCCUUUUACAGGUAGGCCUUGGGUUAUGAUGGAAAUUGAGACCAGAAUUGUGGUCAUAAAGCACAAUGUGUGAUUUACCAAAGCGACUUACAACUCCUCCCCCCCCAAGCUUCCCCAUUGACUUCUAUGAAGCCAGCAGGGAAGAUUGCAAAUGGCUACAACCUUUGUAAGUGCAGACUAAUUGUCAAGCACCCAAAUUGUGAUCGUGUGACAGGUGUGAUAGUUGAAACUUGAAUGAAUGGCACAUAAGUCCCCCUUGUUCAGCACCACUGCAGCUUCGAAUGAUAACUGAAUCAGUAUUUGGUUAAAUGAGAAACCAUGCUGUUUCCUUUCUGUUUGCCCCACUCUUUGUACUGCUGGCUGAGAAGCAAGAAUCAGCCCAAACUCACAUGAACUGCUUCCCCUGACUUCCCUGGCCUUCAAGAGCAGCAAGAAAAGGCAGCAGAAAAAGAGGCAAUAUCAGGGGAAUUAAAAAGUUCUCUGUGGGAAACCAUGAACUUUAUAGGAUAACUUUAGCGUGAAAAGAACAUGGGAAGAUACUAACAGGUAUCCCUGAAUAAAAGUGAUGAGAAGCUUUGUUUGAUAUUUCACCAAGUGGCAUUGUGUUUGUGGUUUGUGUUUUCCCAACCAGAUACCCUUUUGAAAUCUUAUAUCCAAUAUUUUCUUUGCCAUGUCCCAAAAGAUACUGAUUAUAAAGAGAGAAAAAAUUGGUCUAUA